AGCGUUCACACAGCGCAAUCGAAUAGCACUGAAGGUUAAUUCAUUCGUUGGAACCGGCAACACCAGUAUCAGCCGUCGAAACGAACCCGUGAUCGCUCAUCAAAUCGGUGCGAAGAAAGGAAGAUGUCGUCAAGAACGUUCCGUGACAAGAUCAAGAAGCAGGACGAUGACGAUUUGACGAAAGGGAAAUUGCCAAAAGACUUUGAGCAAGCGAUCCCCGUCACCCUCAUCGAAGCAUUGGGUCUGAUGGCAAAACGAGUGCAGGACGAGAAGACUAUCUCGGCGCCUGGUAUGAAAAUGGAUAAUACCGUUGUCAGCGGGUUCCAAAGCUACAUCGUAGCCCAACAGGAACGUUUCGGAGGGGAAGUCUUUGGUUCUGUCCACGACAAGAAGAGAGCUAUUCGGGCGGCCUAUGAGGAGUAUGUCAACGAGGUGGAAAUGAACCAGUUGCUCAACUUGCGACCGCGAGAUGUGGAAGAGGCCAAGGUUUUAGUGACAUCGCUGGAACGGCUGGAGUCAGAGGACGAGCAGACAGCUCUUGCAGAGGUCAUCGCCAUUGUCAAUCGCGAAGCUAUGGCACAGCCCGGGGAAUAGUCGUCUUCUCAGCGGCACACCCGGCGGUCCAUGCUCAUCGCACCCCUCACGACCAUAUCAGCACACCAACGCCACGUAUAUGCUUCUCGUUCCCUCUUCUUGCUGUACAUACACCCAAUAACCAACAACCUAAUUGUCUCACCGGGACCUGGCUGAUAUCUAGCCACUGAUGUCACAACUCACCUGAAGUUCUCCUUCCCAUCAAUCGGAAGGUCCCCAAAUCCAGCACGUUGACAAUGCUCUUUGAGCUCAUCGCCUGACAAACCCAUAUGUAUUCCACUGCAUCAGUUUCAGGCUUGCAAAGAGAACGCAAUAAUUUAGUUCGUCAGUUCGAUAUAACGCAUAUUCGUUUUUCAUCAGC